GUGGCGGGCUAGCGUUUUCUUUCUUUUGCCUAGAGAUGGCCUCUGGGCAAAAGAAAGAAAGCGGAGUUGUCGGUGCUGCUUUCGGUGAGCGGAGCACGAGCAGGCGGCACAAUGAGCUCCAUUCUGGACGUCCGGAACCACUACCAGAACCUGAUCAACCUCUUGCUGAGCAAAGAGCUGGACGCGCCCACCUACGCCUUCUCCUGCGGCUGCUCAGCCUGCUCCUCCAAGGCGGGUGGUAGAGACUCGGCAGUGUGGUCACUGCGCAGCCCCUGGAGCACCAAGGGCGAGCAGCCGCAGCCCCUGCUGUGCCUGGAUCGCUUGGUCAGCCUGAUCGAAGGCAAGCCAGCCCAGCCGCAGCCACCCCUGCCACCGGGCUUCCUGCCGCUCAAGCCGACCAGCGCACCCGCCCCGUCGUCCCACUAAAAGACGGAGCUGUGCCGCACCUUCAGUGAGAGCGGCCACUGCAAGUGAAACAACUGCCAGUUGGCCCACGGCUCGUCCAAGCUGUGCUCCGUCAGCCGCCACCCCGAGUACAAGACGGAGCUGUGCCACAAGUUCUACUUGAACGGCGAGUGUCCCUACAGCUCCCGCUGCCACUUCAACACUUCCCUGAGGAGACGCAGGUCUUUGGCAUCCUCCCCACACCUCCUGCGCCAGAGCAUCAACUUCUCCAGCGCCCGCCGCCCCUUCCCAUUGCUCGGUCUGCCCGACCUGGCCUCCUUCUCACCUGCUUCAAGCACCUCAACCUGGAACCGCUCGCCCUGGUGGCCUCCUUCGGGGACUCGCUGGUGCUGACCCCCACGGGGGCUGCUGCUCUGCCGCUGUGGGAAGGCAGCCAUCGGGGGCAGCUCGCUCCAGAGUCCCCGGGGCUACUUCCCUGAAAGAAAGCAGUUGCCUGCCUCUUGCUUUCUUUUGCCCGCCUCUAUGUCAGACAUAGCAGCAGGCAA